CUCCCUGCUGGACCCCGGGAUGCCGGGCAUCUCCGCCCGAGGCCUCUCUCAUGAGGGGAGGAAGCAGCUAGCUGUUAAUCUCACCCGUGUCCUGGCACUCUACCGUUCCAUCUUGGAUGCCUACAUCAUCGAAUUUUUCACAGACAACCUAUGGGACACAAUCCCUUGCUCAUGGCAGGAAGCAUUGGAUGGACUGAAACCACCACAGCUGGCCACAAUGCUGCUGGGGAUGCCUGGGGAAGGGGAGGUCGUCAGGUACAGGUCAGUGUGGCCACUCACCCUGCUGGCCCUGAAGUCCACGGCGUGUGCCCUGGCCUUUACCCGGAUGCCUGGCUUUCAGACCCCCUCAGAAUUCCUGGAGAACCCCAGCCAGAGCUCCCGACUAACAGCUCCAUUCCGGAAACAUGUCAGGCCCAAGAAGCAGCAUGAGAUCCGGAGGCUGGGAGAGUUGGUGAAGAAGCUGAGUGAUUUCACAGGCUGCACCCAGGUUGUAGACGUGGGCUCAGGCCAGGGCCAUCUCUCCCGCUUCAUGGCUCUUGGCCUGGGGUUGAUGGUGAAGAGCAUCGAAGGGGAUCAGAGACUGGUGGAGAGAGCCCAGCGCCUGGACCAGGAGCUUCUGCAGGCUCUGGAGAAAGAGGAGAAGAGGAACCUGCAGGUGGUCCAAACCAGCCCUCGUCACUCCCCACACCACGUGGUUAGGUGGGUAGACCCCACAGCCCUGUGUGAGGAGCUUCUGCUUCCACUGGAGAACCCGUGUCAGGGCAGGGCCCGCUUGCUGCUCACAGGCCUCCACGCCUGUGGGGAUCUGAGUGUUGCCUUGCUGAGACACUUCUGCUGUCCUGAGGUGGUGGCCCUGGCCUCAGUGGGCUGCUGCUACAUGAAGCUGAGUGACCCUGGCGGCUACCCACUGAGUCAGUGGGUGGCUGGGCUGCCUGGCUAUGAACUGCCCUACCGGCUUCGGGAGGGGGCCUGCCAUGCCCUGGAGGAAUAUGCUGAGCGGCUACAGAAAGCUGGCCCUGGCCUUCGAACUCACUGCUACCGUGCAGCACUGGAGACAGUCAUCCGACGGGCCCGGCCCGAGCUCCGUCGGCCAGGCGUGCAGGGUAUCCCCAGGGUCCACGAGCUCAAGAUUGAAGAAUAUGUGCAGCGGGGGCUACAGCGAGUGGGGCUAGAUCCCCAGCUGCCACUGAAUCUGGCUGCCCUUCAGGCCCACCUGGCCCAGGAGAACCGUGUGGUGGCCUUCUUCAGCCUGGCUCUACUGCUUGCCCCACUGGUGGAGACGCUUAUUCUACUGGACCGGCUGCUGUACCUUCAGGAACAGGCCCUUUCUCCCAGGUUUCCAUGCUGAGCUCCUGCCCAUCUUCAGUCCUGAACUCUCUCCCAGAAACCUGGUUCUGGUGGCCACCAAGAUGCCCCUGGGUCAGGCUCUUUCUGUUCUGGAGACUGAAGACAGCUGAUGCAGCCUGAGGACACAUCUCAGACCCCAUCAUCUGAAAGUGCCCAGAGAGCACAGUGGCAGAGUACAUCUCAUCCAGAGAAACAGCAUCCUGCAUCCUCCAGAGUCCUGGUUCCUUCUGUUUUAUCCCCUUUCUCUCCCUCCAUGGAUUAUGUAAUACAGUGUAAAGUUUUAAUUUAUUAAAAAUUGGAAAUCUG